AUUUCUGUUCCCAUCUCUUCCUCCUCCGUCACCUAAUUUUGGAAAAGCCAUUCCUUCCCACCAGGCCACCACCAGCCCAUGAGAAAGAGGAGGAGAUCAGGUGACGCGCGUGGGGGUCUCCUCCUGCAUGCUCUCAGCUGAGACGCGCCGUGCUCUCCUUCGCGCGCAAUGGCUCGUCGAUGUCGCCCCCUUCCAGCGCCGCCGCCGCCACUCGUCGGCUUCGUCCUCCUCCUCUCUGUGGUGGCGGCCGUGGUGGCCAAGACCGACCAGCCUGACGUUUCUGCACUCAAUGUGAUGUUCAAUAGUAUGAACAAACCAUCUUCUAAGUUGUCUGGUUGGAAAGAAAGCGGCGGCGAUCCGUGCGGCGGCGACGACGACGAGUGGAAGGGAAUAGAAUGCAGCGGCUCAUCUGUCACAGAAAUUAACUUGUCGGGGCUUGGACUAAGUGGCACGCUAGGCUAUCAGCUAUCAAGCUUGAAAUCAGUAACAAAAUUUGAUGUGAGUAAGAACAAUCUCAACGGCGAGAUUCCGUACCAGCUUCCACCAAACGUGGUUCAACUAAAUCUUUACGGGAAUUCUUUUACUGGUGGAGUUCCUUAUUCGAUAUCUCAGAUGGAUGAUCUGGAAACACUAAAUCUUGGUAAGAAUCACUUAAGCGGGCAGUUGACAGAUAUGUUUUCACAGCUUCCGAAGCUAUCAACACUGGAUCUGUCAUCAAACCGCUUCUCAGGUAGCCUGCCCCAGAGUUUUCAGCACCUCAGAAACCUCAAGACACUGAAUUUGGAGAGCAAUCAAUUCAGUGGUCAUAUAGAUGUUCUGUCCAAACUUCCUCUCGAGGAUCUGAAUCUGCAGAACAACAAGUUUACUGGGUGGAUCCCAAGUAAACUAAAAGACAUUAACAGUCUACAGAUUGGAGGGAACCCUUGGUCGUCUGGGUCAGCUCCUCCUGGUAUGGAGAAGGGCUCUUCAGUGGGAAGCUCUUCCGGUGGAGGGAAUGACAGUCGGAUAAACGGUUUCGCUAUCGGAGCAAUGGUGAUAGCUGUGCUUCUUGCAGCUUUGAUUCUCUUGUCUGUGUUGAAGAGGAACCAUUCAUCUCCUGUCUCAUCCCAUUACUAUAUGGACGAGUCAGGUCACAACCGAUCGUUUACCCCGCUAGUUGAUGACUGCAGAGGCGGUAAGGAAUCUUCAGCGAUCGACAUGAAGUCACUGGAGCAAUCUUCAUCAAUAGGCAGGAGGACACCAUCUGCAGUGCCUCGCAAGUCGAUCAGUGACAAUGAGUUUGAGAACAAGCUAAACUAUUCGAGGCGGAGCACGGAUCCGAUCAGCCUCAUGACUUAUGCAUCAUCAGACCUGGAAGCAGCCACUGGCAACUUCCACAGUAGCAGGCUACUAGGUCAAAGGACAAUCGGUCGUGUUUACAAGGCAAAAUAUGCCGAUGGGCGGGUGCUGGCCGUUAAGAAGUUUGAUCCAUUGAGUUUCUCAGGAAGCAGCGACUUCAUGGAUGUCGUGAAUGGCAUUUCCAAGCUGCGCCAUGCAAACAUCGCUGAGCUUGUUGGUUACUGCUCAGAGCCCGGGCACUACAUGCUGGUCCAUGGCUACCACAUGAAUGGGUCCCUUUAUGAGUUCCUUCACUUGUCGGACGACUACAGCAAGCCGUUAACCUGGGACACCCGGGUUCGGAUCGCUCUCGGUACAGCUUGUGCUCUGGAGUACCUACAUGAAGUCUGCUCACCUUCAGUGAUCCACAAGAACAUAAAGGCGUCUAAGGUGCUGCUUGAUGCUGAUCUCAACGCUCACCUCUCCGACUGCGGCCUUGCAUACUUCUAUGAGGAUACAAGUGAGAGCCUGGGACCAGGGUAUAAUCCUCCAGAGUGCACAAGGACAUCAGGUUACGUGAUGAAGAGCGAUGUCUACUGCUUCGGUGUAGUCAUGCUUCAGCUAUUGACCGGUCGGAAGCCUUACGAUAGCUCCAGGCCUAGGAUGGAGCAGUCCUUGGUCAAGUUUGUGACUCCACAGCUACAUGACAUCGACGCCUUGGGAGCACUGGCAGAUCCAGCUCUGCGCGGCCUGUACCCGCCUAAAGCAAUAUCCCGUUUCGCCGAUGUUCUCGCUCGCUGUGUUCAGUCCGACCCGGAAUUCCGGCCGUCCAUGUCGGAGGUGGUGCAGUCGCUCCUCCAGUGUGUCCAGCGCGCCACCAGCAACAAGAGGAUAGGCGGCCACCGCAGCGUCUCGCAGCGGAGCGACGACUCUGAUUGGUGACGCCUCUGCUUCUGAUUGCCCUGUUGCUGAAACUCUGAAACAACUCUAGCUCGAGUCAUGCCGUUGUACAAACAAAAAGGCUUUACUACACAAUUUUGAUUGCUCCAACAGUAUAAUAUG